CACAUGUCAGUGCAGUGCCUGUACAUCGAGAACCCUUUUGGACACACCUUGCCUGGUUCUGUAGCUCUUGUUGACACCGUCACCAUCAUCAUUCUUGGGUUCAUACGUGGAUGUACAGCUUUGACUACCUACACAAUGGAGAGCCCUCAUGAGCAUCAACAGAACUUGCUGCUGUCACGCAUUAUUACCAACGUGGAAAAACUCAACGAGGCUGUUGUUGUAAUGAACAAGGCUUUGCAGGAAAUCAACAUCCAAAACAUGAACAUUGAGCUGGUUGCGCAAAUGUUCAAGAACUACCAGUCUAACGUGCUAUUUCAUCUUGAAGCUACUGACAACCUGAAAGAGCCGUCUUGAUAUUCUCUGUCGUGGUCGUUAUCGAAUCAAGCUUACCUAUCUCGGGGAAAGAUAGCGGAAUCAAAGAGAUACCCAACAGA